AUGAUAUCGGCGUUCUUCAUAUUCAACCAGAAAGGGGAAGUAUUGAUAUCCAGGUUAUUUCGUCAAGAUGUGAAGCGAUCAAUAUCAGAUGUAUUCCGAAUCCAGGUCAUCUCCAACCCCGAUGUCCGUUCACCAAUCAUCACACUAGGUUCAACGUCCUUCUUCCAUGUGAGGAUAAAUAAUGUCUACGUAGUAGGAGUAACCAAAUGUAAUGCCUCUGCUGCGCUGGUGUUCGAGUUCCUCUAUCGAUUCAUAACCAUCUCAAGGAGUUAUUUCAGUAAAUUAGAUGAAGAGAGUGUGAAAAACAACUUCGUACUUAUCUAUGAACUACUAGAUGAAAUCAUCGACUUUGGUUUCCCGCAGAACUCAGAGAUAGACACGUUGAAGAUGUACAUAACGACAGAGAGUAUAAAAUCGGAGAUGGCAGUGAGGGAAGACUCGUCCAAGAUAACGAUUCAAGCUACCGGAGCUACCUCAUGGCGCAGAUCAGAUGUCAAGUACAGGAAGAACGAGGCGUUUGUAGAUGUUAUCGAGACUGUCAAUCUGCUGAUGAGUAAGGAAGGAGCCGUCUUGCGGGCAGAUGUAGAUGGACAGAUCCUCAUGAGAGCUUAUCUCAGUGGUACGCCAGAGUGUAAAUUUGGUUUGAACGAUAAACUGGUAUUGCAGAAACGUGGGAACGAAGCGGCUAAAUCUGACGACACCGUAGAAUUAGACGAUUGUCAAUUCCAUCAAUGUGUCAGAUUGGGCAAAUUCGAUUCGGACAGGAGUAUAAGUUUCAUACCUCCCGAUGGAGAGUUCGAACUUAUGAGGUACCGAUCAACGUCCAACAUCAACUUACCAUUCAGACUCCAGACUCACGUAACGGAACCUUCUAAAUCACGAGUGGAAUACACGAUUCAUCUACGAGCGAAUUUUGAUCCUAAAUUAAAUGCCAAUAACGUCUUACUACGUAUACCUACACCGUUAAAUACCACCGGAGUACAAACCAAAGUGGGUGUGGGUAAAGCGAAGUAUGUCCCGGGUGAAAAUGUUAUUGUAUGGAAAAUACCACGUCUACAGGGAGCUCAAGAAUGCACGUUAAACGCCGAAGCUGAUUUGGCAGCUACGACGCAUCGACAAGCUUGGUCUAGACCGCCUAUUCAAGUUGAUUUCUCAGUCGUCAUGUUCACUGCUUCAGGUUUACUCGUUCGAUUCCUUAAAGUGUUCGAGAAGAGUGGCUAUCAAAGUGUGAAAUGGGUUAGGUAUCUAUCCAGAGCGAAUGGCUCAUAUCAGAUUAGAGUGAGUCUCGAGUAUCUCGAACCGAGGAAGACGGACUGA